AUGAUGGCCCCAGCCCCUUCCCAUGAGGACACCUGUCCCGCCUGCAAGGGACCCCCAAAGGACGCAGUGACCGUCGCCUGUGGACACCCCUUCUGCCGGCUGUGCCUCCUCCCGCCCACCGGGAUGGGGGCCCAGCCGUCCUGCCAGGUCCUGCUCUGUCCACCGUGCAGGGAGAAGGGGCACGAGGACCCCGUUUCGGUCCCCGUGCCGCUGGGCACUCUGGAGGAGAUGCAGUGUGAGGAGCACGGGGAGAAGGUCCUCUUCUUCUGCGGGCGCGAUGCUGAGCUCCUGUGCGCCCGCUGUCGAGAGGGCCCCUCUCACCAGGCCCACAGCGUGCGCCUCCUGGACGGGGCCGCUCAGCCCUCCCGGGAAGGUCUUCGGUCUCAGCUGGAAGCCCUGAGGGUGGAGAGAGAAGAGACUGAGGACAUGAAGCGUCAGGAAGACCCGAAGUUCCAAAUGCUUCUGACUCACAUCGAAAGCAAGAAGCAGCUGGUGGAAACGUUUGAGAAGUUGCAACAGGAGCUGGGGGAGCAGCGGCGCCUCCUGCUGGCCAGGCUGAGUGAGCUGGAGGUGCAGCUCUGCCAGGAGAGAGAAGAAUACGCCUCCAGGUUCUCAGAGGAGGUCGCCAGGCUUGGAGCCGCGGCCCAGGAGCUGGAUGUCCGAGUCGGCCAGAGCAGGUGUGAGAAGACUUUCGUGAGUCCAGAGACCAUCUCUCCUGCCCUUGUCAAGAAGAUCCAAGAGGUCCACAGGAAAAUCCUGCCCCUCCCAGAGAUGCUGAGGACCUUCUCAGAAAGCCUGGUGCAUCAUCUGGAAACAGACUCAGGAACCUGUGGCUCCCUCGCCAUCUCGCACUCCGCCCCCAGGGGCCGGGACUGGGGACCCUCCUGCAGUCAGCGGGAGCACGGCCCUCUCCGAGGACAGGAAGCCGAUGAGGUUCACCCGGAACCAGCAGGACCUGCCUCGCUGCCCCCGGAGCUCCGAGGGUGUCCCAGCGGCGCGCGGCUCCCCCUGCUGCACCUCCGGGAGACCCGCGGGCAGGUGUGCUUGCGUCGGGAGCCGUACUACUUGGUUCCUGAUAUGGAUGAUGAAGAAGGGGAAGGAGACGAAGAAGAAGAUGAUGAUGAAGAAGGAUUGGAAGAUAUUGAUGAAGAAGGAGAUGAGGAUGAAGGCGUGGGGCUCAGGGACGCCGCGGACACGGCCCGCGCUCUGCGCUCUGCUGUCCUAGCGCAGUUGUCGCCUCUGUCGUCGGAACGCUCCGCAGGCCAGGACAGCAGGGACUUCUUGAACAGGUAUCCACGGAAGAAGUUCUGGAUUGGGAAACCCAUUGCUCGAGUGGCGAAGAAAAAGACGGGAGAAUUCUCUGACAAAGUGCUGUCUCUGCAGCGAGGACUAAGAGAGUUCCAAGGGAAGCUGCUUAGAGACUUGGAAUACAAGACAGUGAGUGUCACCUUGGACCCGCAGUCGGCCAGCGGGUACCUGCAGCUGUCAGAGGACUGGAAGUGUGUGACGUACAGCGGCCUGUACCAGAGCACUUACCUGCACCCGCAGCAGUUUGACUGUGAGCCCGGUGUGCUGGGCAGUAAGGGCUUCACCUGGGGCAAGGUGUACUGGGAGGUGGAGGUGGACAGGGAGGGCUGGUCCGAGGAGGAGGAAGAGGAGGAGGAGGAGGAAGAAGGGGAGGAAGAAGAAGAGGAGGAGGAGGCGGGCUACCGGGACGGAUACGAAGACUGGGAGACAGAUGAAGAAGAGGAGUCUUUGGGGGAGGAGGAGGAAGAGGAGGACGAAGAGGAGGAGGAGGUCCUGGAAAGCUGCCUGGUGGGGGUGGCCAGAGACUCGGUGAAGAGGAAGGGAGACGUCUCCCUGCGGCCCGAGGACGGGGUUUGGGCCCUGCGCCUCUCCUCUGCGGGCAUCUGGGCCAACACUGACCCCGAGGCUGAGCUCUUCCCAGCGCUGCGGCCGCGGAGGGUGGGCAUCGCCCUGGACUACGAAGGGGGCACCGUGACCUUCACCAAUGCCGAGUCACAGGAGCUCAUCUACACGUUCACGGCCACCUUCACCCGGCGCCUGGUGCCCUUCCUGUGGCUCAAGUGGCCCGGGACACGCCUCAUGCUGAGACCCUGAGCCCUGAGCCUGCCAGCCCGAGACCCCCAACGCCCCCCAACGUCCCCUGCUCUGGGAGCCCUGGACUGUGCUGGGAGACGGUGUCUGGCAGUUGCACCUGGAGCAGGUGGGCCCCUGCCCCCCGUGGCCAUGACCCUGGAGGCUCACUCAGUGCUGCUGCUGCGCCGGACAGCUGUAGUCGGCUCUUCCCCCA